UUAGCCUGAAAAACGUGGUACAGCUUCCAAAAUGGAGGUCGAACGGAGCAGCGAAGCGUCUGGCUCAAAAGAAGGGAAAAUUACCUCUGCAGAGGCAAAAACACAGACGAUAGGCUGGCAAUCCUUGCUGACUUUCACCAUCCUUUCUUUAGCAUGGCUGGUGGGUUUUGCGAGCCGACUUUUCGCUGUGAUACGGUUCGAGAGCAUCAUCCACGAGUUCGACCCGUGGUUUAACUAUCGGUCCACACAUCACCUUGUCACCCAUGGAUUUUAUAACUUUUUGAACUGGUUUGAUGAGAGAGCCUGGUAUCCAUUGGGCAGAAUUGUCGGAGGAACAGUUUACCCAGGUUUGAUGUUGACAUCUGCAUCUGUUCACUGGGUUCUGAACACACUUAACAUCACAGUACAUAUCAGAGAUGUGUGUGUCUUUCUGGCACCAAUGUUUAGUGGUCUCACGGCCAUAGCAACGUAUCUCCUGACCAAGGAACUAUGGAAUGAUCGUGCUGGUCUCUUUGCAGCUUGUUUCAUAGCAAUUGAUUGUUUGGUUUCUGCAUGGGGUGGAUAUGUGUUCAUUAUCAAUCUGAUUCCUCUUCAUGUCUUCUUCCUUCUUCUGAUGGGAAGGUUUUCAUUUAGGAUUUAUGUUGUGUUCUUUGUCCCAGGUACAUUUGCACUGCUCCAAGCCUAUGCAUUUUUAGUGUAUAUUAGAAGCAAAGUAUCGUGGACUGAUUUUAAGAACAUCUUUGUGUUUGCUGUGGCGGCUGUAGCAGGCUUGGUGUUCAUUGCUGUCAUUUUUCUCACUUAUGCUGGUUAUGUUGCCCCCUGGAGGGGACGGUUUUACUCUCUGUAUGACACUGGGUACGCCAAGAUUCAUAUUCCAAUCAUUGCCUCUGUUUCUGAGCAUCAGCCAACCACAUGGGUUUCUUUCUUCUUUGAUCUUCAUGUCUUAAUCUGUACUUUUCCUGCUGGUCUCUGGUUUGUGAUCAAGAAUAUUAAUGAUGAAAGAGUUUUUGUUUGCCUGUAUGCUACAACAGCUGUGUACUUUGCUGGUGUGAUGGUUCGCCUCAUGUUAACUUUGACACCAGUGGUGUGCAUCCUGGCAGCCAUUGCCUUCUCUGUCACAUUGGACAACUACCUGGUGGAUGAUCGGCCCCCAGAAAACAAAGAUGCAGAAGCCAGACCAGCUGGUGGAGAGAGUAGCAGUGAAGAAAACGACAAGAAAAAGAAGAAAGAUUUGUAUGACAAGGUGAAUUCUCUGUUUUAUUGCACGGAUUAUUUUGAUGCUGCUGUGCUAGACGCAUUUCCAAGGAAGAGGACAUCUGUACGCAUUCUGGACGCGGGCGCAGGACGAGGUUCAACCGCGUCUUACCUGCGUUCUAUGGGAUACACCAACAUUGAUGCCUUGACGGUAUCUAAAGAGAGACUUGAUCGUGCAGAGGCAAGUGGACUUUACAGAAACCUUCUUUACACUGCUCUGAAAGCAGAAUCCACUUUGUGCGCCACUGGUGCGUUCGAUGCCAUGAUCUGCGCAGAUGGCGUUUUUCCAGACGAAGUGGACCCUGAUGCAAUGGAUGAGAUGUUGCGCCUUGUCAAGCCAGUUGGUAAUUGCUUUUUCCUGCAAAUUGUGGAUGAGAAAUAUUUGGAGCAAGUUUGUUUAGUUGUAAGCGUGGAUGAAGUUCGUCUUUUAAACGCCACUAAGUCUGUCGACCAGCAGACCCUCAUAGUCCCUGGAGAGGUUAAUAGACAGUUUCUCCUUUAUGACAUCAAUGUACCGUUAGGAAAAAAAGGUGACCAGAAAGUGGGAAAGGCCAUGUCAUCCAAUGAAACAUCAGCAUAUAAGAUAAUGAAGAUGUUGGAUGUGGAUUAUGUCUUGGUUAUAUUCGGUGGUGUGAUUGGCUAUUCUGGUGAUGACAUAAACAAGUUCCUUUGGAUGGUCAGAAUUGCUGAAGGCGAGCAUCCUCAAGAAAUCAAGGAGUCAGAUUACUUCACUCCACAAGGCGAGUUCCGGGUGGACUCGGCCGGGUCACCAGUCCUUCUCAACUGUCUCAUGUACAAAAUGUGUUAUUAUCGCUUUGGGGAGAUGCAGCUGGACUUUCGGUCUCCGUCUGGUUUUGACAGGACUCGUAACGUAGAAAUCGGAAAUAAAAACUUCCAUUUAGAACAUUUAGAGGAAGCUUUCACUUCCGAGCAUUGGUUAGUUAGGAUUUACAAGGUUAAAGAUUAUGCAAAUCGAGUCAAGAGCAAAGUACCUUUGAGGACAUCAAAUUUAAAACCCAAAACCAAAUAUAUUCCGAGAAGGAAUAAUAGGAAAGGACACAUCAAAGAUAAAGUUAACGUAAUUCAAGGAAAGAGAGUUCAACGAAAAGGGAAAAAGAAGAACAAAGCCAAGAAAGUUAAAAAAAGCACAUGAGCGGCAAGUGACGACGUCAUGUGAAACAAAACGAACGUUCUCCGCCGCGUGCAAGAAUCAUCGUGUUUAUUCCAUUCGUAGACAAACCUUUAGCGACUCCAGUUUUUCUAGUAGUUGAAAUGUUUUAGUAGUAACUGGUAGUCUCUUCUUCAUGGUCAUUUGUUUAUUUUAGGUUUUUCUGAGAUGAAGGUAGUAUUUGAAUGUGUAACUUAACGUGUUAGGGUUGUUCACAGCUUCAUUUGGCGGCACUGAGAUUUGACUCAAAUUUUACUGGUUCUAAGUAAACACAUAGCUACCUUAACAGGUCAGGAACCCCUCUGACUUAAAUACCUCUGUGUGCUUUACUUUUGGGUGUUUUCCUUCAAGAUUGGCAGCAUAUAAUGCGAAUGUUUUAAUUACUAGUAUUUUUUUUCCAAUUUAAUUGUCCAUCUCAUUUGCUUUUUGGUAAAGAUAAAUUUAUUUUGGAAAUACCCCGUCAAACCAACCGUUGUAAAAUAAAGCGAUCAUUUCAACCGAA